AUCUGCCUCCACCCCCACCCAACACUUCCGCCCAACUCUAGUUCUGCGCAGUCUCCUGGAAUUAUUUGCCGUCUCUAUGGCAACCCGGUAGCUGGUGCCUGAAGAUGGAGACCACCGAGUCUACCAAGGGAUCGCGGUCUCGAUCUUUGGACAUACAGCCUGGUGCUGGAGGGCUCAGGUCUGCUUCAGAACCGUUUCCUUCGGAUGGCCGUCCUGGGUCGGUCUUGGCAGCCGCCAUCACUGCAGCUGCAGCCGCCUCCACCGCCAAAACUGAUGCGUUAUCUUCGAAGACCCUAGCGCGCUACUCUGAGCCGAGCGUUCUCCUGGACCGCUCCUCUGACAGUCUUCCUGGGGAGCCCUGCACUGGAGCCAGCUUUACCCACAAGACAGGCCAUAGGAGACUUGGCUUUGAGCCUGUCUAUGUUUCCCGUUUCACCCAGGAUCCCUGUACUACAAAUGACCUUAGCUCUAGUCCUGGCCCUGCUCCUGGCUCCGGUUCUGGUCCUGGCCAUGGCUCUGGCCCUGGCUGUGACUCUGGUCAAGGCACUGGUCCUGGUUCUGGCCCUGGUCCUGCCACUGACUCUGGGCCUAGUCCAGACGGUGGCCAUGACCCUGAGCUCAGCCCCUCCAAUCUCCCAAGCUUCAGAAACCUCAGGGCAGAGCUGGUCCCUAAUUAUGCCUCCUGGAAUCACUACUGCCACUGGGAACCUCGGAAACAACCCUGGAAAUUUUUGCAAGUCUCAGAACCUGGUGCCCGAGGGCAAUGGAAGACCCCCCAGGUUGAAGGGAACUGUAAGGUUCUCAGUGAAACAUUGCCACGGGGCCACUGCCUUCUCUACAACUGGGAGGAGGAGAGAGCCACCAACCACCUGGAUCAAGUUCCAAGUAUGCAGGAUGGCUCUGAGAGUUUCUUCUUCCGACAUGGACACCAGGGACUGCUGACCCUGCAGCCACAGUCACCCAUGUCCUUCAGCACCACCCAGAAAGACUCAUACCAGCCCCCACGAAACUACUAUCAGCCAAUUCGAGGAAAGCGUGAAGCCAUGAUGGAGAUGCUCCUGCACCAUCAGAUCUGGUUUUCUCCCUUACAGCCUCAUGACUACCGUCAGGAGCAGCCUGAAACCUUCUGGAUGCAGAGGGCCCCACAGCUACCGGUGUGUGAGGGUGUUGGGAGUGCGGGAGAAGAAGGAGGGGAAGAGGCUCUUCUGUUCCAGCUUGGCGCAGAGCAGGAUCUGUCCUCAUUCUGGCCCUCCUCCAGGGUGUCAGUAACAUCAAGACACUGGACACGCCAUUCCGGAAGAACUGCAGUUUCUCAACACCAGUGCCUUUGUCUCUGGGGCAGCCUUUGCCCUAUGAACCUGAGAAUUAUUCCCACCAACUGGGAGAAAGAUCUUCCCUUGCCUGUCAGGGAGAACAGGGUGGUGAAAUGCGUAGAACCACUAUCUAAGGGUUGAGGAGGGAAGAGGGAUGUGGAAUAUGGAAUCUAUUUCCGUCUGUACUGGAGAGGUGGGAAGGAAGUACAUUCUGUCUGUACUUGGUGAAGGGGCUUUCCAUAAAGGGUUCUCUCUUGUCCUGA